AUGACAACGGCUUCAGUUUUUCCGCAGGCUUGUCGUUUUCGGGAUGACAAUCGUCAUGUCUCCGCUACUGAUGCGGUGUUUCUAGGUUUGGAAGAGGGAAACAAUUACGGGGUGAUGCGCGAAACUCUUCACCGCAUGGAGACCCCCAUGCCGUUUACAAAUCGAUCAGGAUCGUUGUUUUCGGGCAGCGGACAGUCCUUCGGCAACGGAAAUGCUUUUGUCCGUGAUUCCUCGCGCACUACAUCUAGCUCAUCCCAGCGGGAACUGAUCUGCUUUUGUUUGCGCAUAUUUUUAUUAGGGAUACGCAUACGAUUUUUUCCAAAACGACCUUUUGUGGAAGAUGAGACGUUUCUGCGCAGCUUGCCAAACAGUGUCCGCCCAAAGCGUCUGCACGUGUCGAAUAUCCCGUUUCGCUUUCGAGAGGAAGAUCUAAAGCAGAUUUUCAGCAAAUACGGGCCUGUUGUGGACGCCGAAAUCAUUUUCAACGACCGUGGCUCAAAGGGGUUCGGAUUCGUUACGAUGGCAUCGGAAGCCGAUGCCAACAAGGCUAAAAUGCUGCUGCAUCACAAGGUAUUCCACAGUCGUCAAAUCGAAGUAAACGACGCCACCCCGAAGCCGGUUUCUUUGCGUCAGUACGACCACUUCCAAGGCGCGGACAUCGGCAGUGUGCAGAGCGCCAGCCCGAUUGAACUGGGCAAUCCAAUGAAUUUUGAUCUCAUGUACGAAGGCAUGGUGCGACACCACUCCGCUGGUUCUGCUCAGCGAUCGCGAGCCUCAAGCCAGGAGGACGAUCGUAAUCCUGUGGUGGUUCGAGGAGGCGGUAAUGCGGAGAUUCGUCCGCCGAAUCCGUAUUUGUCUUACGCACUGGAAAUGCAGCGAGAUCAGUCAGCCAUGAACGCACAGUUGCUACAGCAUUUGGGCAAUCUGUCCAUCGCGGACCAGUCCACCCGAACGUCAACGGGAAAUAACACAGCGGCUUGGCCUAAUCCAUUGCCUGGCCGUUCUUCAUCUGGUAUGAGCACGGCUACCGGUCAGCACAAUGCACAUGGAAGAGUUGGACCUGUCUGGGAUCCUUCCGGAUUGGAUGCCUGGUUCGUCUAAGUGACCGGUUAAGUUUGUUUUGGCUGGAGCUUGUUUGUUGCAACGGAAUGGCAGUGAAGCAUUUGCUCACGAAUUUUGUGAGUAUUAAUUAUUACGAUUGUUAUAUUAUGCUAUUUAUUUUCAUUUAUUAUAUUUAAUGAGAAAGUUCAACGUUCGGAACGGUUUUCCUUAAGACGCCUAAGGACAGUUUUUAUUUUUGAGGUUUUUGUACAUAGUUAAGCAGUUGAUUUGGAUUAACGGUUACGACCCGUAAGGAGCUUCUUAUGUACCGCCAGUACUGGAGCAUACCAUUUUCAAGGUUUAUUUUCAUUUUUGUUGUUAUUUAGUAUUCUUAUGUGGAGUUUGUAUUCAAUAAAAUUU